UGACAGCAAGCUGACGCGCAGACCGGAAGUGUUGGCCUGGCUAGCUGUGUGCUAGCUGUGUGGAUGUGUGCAGUUAGCUGGAAGACGAUGGUGUCGUCGUGUCGCAGAUAAAUGUUCGAGCGCUGAUGAAGCAACAAUGUCUUCAGUUCAGUGUCUGAGAGACUUUGUCCACGAGCGACUAACUGCUGCUGCUGAAGAGAUAUUCAGAGUGUUCGAACAAACUGUCCUCGAGUACGAGGAAGAGAUCGAUCGACAGAGAAGACUGUUGGACAUCGCGUGGAAACCGGAGAUAAAGCUCCACAGGACAGGAGCUCAGGAGGAGGAGGACAAACUGAGUCUCACUCCGACCUUGUUGUUCACAGAGUUCCCCCGGACACAUGUCUGGAAGAAGAGGAAGACUCUCACCGCCCAGCAGCUCUGUGCCCGGGACAGGAAGUCAGGUCUGGACCAAGAGGACCCUGCUGCUGCUGGAGAAAGACCUGGAGUCAGCAGAAGUAUUAUCCACUUCAGUGAAGAGGUCGAUGGACAGCGCAGACUGCUGGACAUCGUUUGGAGCCCGGAGAUAGAGCUCCAGAGGACAGAGCUUCCAGAGCAACACGUCUGUAAGGAGGAGGAGCUUCUCACUGACCAGGAGAGGAACCCCAGUCUGGACCAAGAGGAUCCAGAGCCUCCACAGAUUAAAGAGGAGCAGGAGGAGCUCUGCACCAAUCAGGAGGGAGAGCAGCUUGUCCUGAAGCAGAUCCAGACCUUUAUGUUGACGUCUCCUUAUGAGGGAAGUGAUCACACUGAACCAACCAGUGAGCAGCAGCUCCUCUCCCACAUCUCUCCUGGAGCUGAGAGCCGAGCUCAGAGAGGAAGUGAGCAUGUGGACCCAGGACCGACUAGAGAUGAAGAGUCCCAGAGAAACAACUCCCCCCCGACACAGAGUCACUGCAGCACUCACACAGGGAAGACGUCUUUCAUGUGUGACAUUUGUGGAAAAGUGUUUAUGACCAAGUCCAAACUGAACACACAUGUGAGAAUCCACACAGGAGAGAGGCCCUUCUCAUGUGACACUUGUGGGAAAGCGUUUCUCUGUAAGUCCAGGUUGACCUUACACCUGAGGGUCCACACGGGUGAGAGACCGUAUUCUUGUGACUUCUGCGGGCAAACAUUCAGUCGGAAGGUUCACUUGCAAGAGCACAUUAGUCGUCACACGGGCGAGAGACCGUUUUUCUGCAAACUAUGUGGGAAGAAUUACAAACAGAGGUCGGCCCUGAGAGUGCACAUGAGAGUCCACACAGGUGAGAGGCCGUUUUCAUGUGAAAUAUGUCAGAAAACUUUCUUGGUCAAAACAAACUUGCUGGUCCACAUGAGACUCCACACGGGUGAGAAGCCGUGUAUCUGCAGCACGUGUGGGAGGAGUUUCAUUUAUCCAACAUCCUUAAGAAAGCACAUUAGGAUCCACACCGAGGAAAAGUUGUUAAUCCCCGAAGAUGUGGGAGAAAUUUCCCGUGUUGUGGUGAAUUGACUGAAUGUGACCAGAGUCCUCACUGGUGAGAAACCACAUCACUGCGGCACCUGAUGGGAAAGAGAAAGAGAUGUGUCUCGGUUAGGAGGUCACCUGGGAUCACAGACAGUACAGUCACAUGUGGUGUUGUGAACUUUGUGGGAGAGGAGCAGUUGUGAGUUUCAUGGACACGACGCACAAGAAGCCACAGAAGUGAAGAGCCACAUAAUCAAAGCUCUUUCCUAAAAGUGUUUCUAAUCCACCCAGUUGAGAGAACAGCUGAGAAUCAGUUUCCACAGAAGAAACCAUCAAGACGAAGCUUGUGGAGACGAGUUGAUCCUCGUGACCGUGCUCCUCACAUUUCUGUUUGCAGCAGUAUUUCUCUGAAACAACCGGGAGCCUCCGAGUCUUCAGAGCGAGUCCCUCGUUCAUACAAAUGUGUUUGGCCUCUUCAAUAAUUAUGUCUUUUUAAUAUUCAUAUUCUCCACCUCAGUUAUAUGAGUGUGGUCAUCCUGCCAGAUAGAUUCUUUGAUUCUCUUCCUCCAGCUUGUUUGUUCAUUUUCUAUGUGAUGUAUUGUGGGAUUGAAUCCACUUGAUAGUACUUGGCAGUGCAGUUUGUUUACCUGACAGCCACAGCUACUGUGCUGUCAUUAAAAUGCAGAAUGAGUUUGUAACACACACGUGUGUUAAUACAAACUCAGAUGUUUUUGCUUGAAUUAAUUUCAUGUAAUUUUUUCUUUACAUUUCCCAAGAAAAAUACUUUUUAGUUAGUCACCCUCACAUUAAAAGUUAUUGCACAGAAACAUGUUUACAUACAAACACAGCAUGAUGUUAUGAUUCUGUAUUUUGAGAAAUAUAAGAAGGAAUAUUGAGUUGAAUUUCUGACAUUUAUUCUCCUGCCUGCUGUCGAUACAGCUCUGCCCUGCAAACCGCCAUGUCCUCAUGUCGCCAAUAAAUCUUCACUUAUCACCUGGAGGGAUGUUCUUUGGAAAUAGUUAAAGGAAAGUUUCCUGUUUGUACAGAAUCUGGGAAAAUACGAUUUCAGUUUGUACAGAGGAGACAUUGAAUAAUCACUAACAGGAAAUACGCUCAUAUAUUUGAUUGAAAAAGUGUUCAUAAUGAUUGUUGAUCACAUUGAUCAGGAGCUCAGAUCAAUGUGAGGAUUCUCAUCAGUUCUGCUUCUUUUCAGGAGAAUAAAAGCUGAUAGUUAUUUUUA